CCGUCACAGUUACGGCGCACAUGGGGGUUGAGUAAGAAGGAAGCCACGUUGACACUAAAAGUGGUGUUUUCAGUUAUUUUCCGCCGCCGGGAAAUAACGGUCUCGUCGUCAGCUUCCGUCUGUCAGUUCAGGAACCUCAGUUGAAACAUCUAGUAAGGUCAGAGAAGCCACAUUGUCUAACAGGAUGAGUGUGGGAUUCAUUGGAGCGGGCCAGCUGGCUCACGCACUGGUGAAAGGGUUCACAGCUGCAGGUGUGAUUGCUACACACAGGAUUACAGCCAGUUCCCCAGACACAGACCUGCCCACUGUGUCAGGGCUGAGGAAAAUGGGGGUGAACAUGACGACUAGCAACAAGGAGACCGUCAAUAAGAGUGAUGUGCUCUUCCUGGCUGUGAAACCCCACAUCAUCCCCUUCGUUCUGGAUGAGAUUGGGCCAGAUAUAGAGGACCGUCAUCUCAUAGUCUCCUGUGCUGCAGGCGUCACCAUCAACUCCAUAGAGAAGAAGCUGCUUCAGUACCGUUCAUCUCCUAAAGUCAUGAGGUGUAUGACGAAUACUCCAGUGGUGGUGAGAGAGGGAGCUACAGUGUACGCCACUGGGACACAUGCAGAGGUGGAAGAUGGCAAGUUGCUGGAGCAGCUGAUGGCCAGUGUGGGUUUCUGCACUGAGGUGGAGGAGGACCUCAUUGACGCUGUCACCGGGCUGAGUGGGAGUGGGCCGGCUUACGCGUUCACAGCUUUGGAUGCCCUCGCAGACGGAGGAGUGAAGAUGGGUCUUCCCAGGAGACUGGCUGUCAGACUUGGAGCUCAAGCCCUAUUGGGAGCAGCCAAGAUGCUGCUGGACUCGGAGCAGCACCCAGGCCAGCUGAAGGACAACGUAUGCUCACCAGGGGGCGCCACCAUCCACGCCCUGCACGUCCUGGAGAGUGGUGGCUUCCGCAGCCUCCUGAUCAAUGCAGUGGAGGCUUCUUGUAUCAGGACACGGGAGUUACAGUUUCUGGCAGACCAGGAGCGCAUAUCUCCAGCAGCCAUUAAGAAAACUACACUGGACAAGGUGCUCCAGCAGCCCGGAGUCACAGUCAGCGGAGUGGCUAAUGGGAACGGCAGGUCGGGGCUCAGCCUGUUCAACAAUCGCAGCCCUGGGAUCAAGAAGAACUGAGUACACAGAGGCACACCAACACAUUAAAGAUUUAUGUGUACCAACAUGUACACAUGUGAACAUGCUUAGAUCUUAUACACCUGUUAAACCAAACAGUUUAAAAAAACGGACUCAGGACUGGUCUGAAAUCUCAUCCAAAUUGGCGUGGAUGCCAAAGUAUUUAUUCAUACUUGAGUUACAUGUGGACCGUGGACCCGGUGGUGUCACCAUCACAUUACACACAAGCACAGGUGUAUUCUGGGUGCAUUGCUCCCAGUUAUAGCCUUAUGUUGUGAUGCAGGAUUACUGUCUACACAAUGAAGAGCAAAAGUGCAUUUACAAUCUGUUGUCUGUCUGUCUAGGCUCUAGACUAUCUAGGGCUGUUAGACAGUAAUGACCCAGUGGGCCAUCAUGGGAUCCUGGUACACACCAGGCAGCAGAUGGCCGCUUGGAUACCAUCAAGCUCUUAAUGUACAUCUUUAAUGACUGUUUAAAAAAAUGUCACAAUGUAAAUCUUCAUGUACCCUUCUUUUGUUUGUACGAAUCAUUAUUUUUGUUGGGCCAACAGUGUUAUACUGUUAACAAAGACUGAAUGCGGUUUGAACAAAAAAAAUUAACUUUAUUUCUUGUUGUUUUGAUUGUAUAUGAACACUAUGAUCUUCAUGGAUAAAAAGCCUUGCUGCCAAUGUUACAAUGGGGUUUAUAGUACAUAAAGAACACUGUGCCUGUUGUGCCCAGAAAAUAUUAUUUCUCCUAUAUUAAAGGUCAUUCCAAGCUAAAAAAAUACACCUCUGUCAGCACGUCAGCAUUUUCCUCACAUCCCUCUGUUCAUUUCCUGUUUGUUCAUUUUUACGGUGCUUAAGGACAUUGUGCAUUUUAAACCCCAAAUCUUGAAUCUCUUGUUUUAUACCACAAACAUUUUACAUUUUCUCUCAUAAAGGGAUGUGAUGUUGCUAAGUGCUGCAAGAAAUAUAUUCACAUAAAUAUGACAUAACGGAAUUACGUCAAUCCGUCCAAAUUUUGUAUUCUAUAGAUUUUUAUCCCCAUGUUACAUGUAAAAUAUUCAUUUAUUUGGCGUAUCAACUGCUGAGUUGGUUUGCCAGUCAAAGUGUCAAUAUUAAAGAAACAGAAUCCAAUA